AUGGACAAGGCAGACUCCUUACUCACCAUAUCAACGCCCCCAAAUAUUGAUGUCCACGGUGCUCAACCCGUACCUGCUCUCUACCCCGCACACGACGCCACAGGCUGUGGUCGUAAUGUUCCGGCGUGCGUGACACGGCCGCCUACCUGGGGCGUAGCGAGUUGGCCACAGAGGCCUCGUUCGACUGUGACUUAUACUUUAUCGCGGGUAUUGAGCGCUCGCUUGAAUGCGCCGAUAGAGGCAGAGAAUCGAGGUAUCGAGCUUGCGCACGGAGCGUCCAUUGAUGGGGCCGAAGCGGAUAGGAAACGCAAGCAUCCUCAUCAGGGACUGGUGAAAGGCGAGGCGGGUUUCCUGCGCAGCCCCGCGGCUGGUAGUGUCAAGGUCAUUCGGGCGCCGUGGGGCAUGUCGCGGAAUAAACAGAACAAUUCUCGGUGGCAUUGUACGGAUAAGUGCCUGAGUUGGACUGUGGAAUGGGUCACCGCAGACGGGACACAAACAGCCCGGAACAAUUUCGAGACAUAUUCUAUCGCCGAGGCCUACGAUCAGUCUUUUCCACUACCGAGGAAGGAGAAGUUGCAGCUCACUCAGCUGAGCGGGGAAGAGCAGACAAAGCAGACAGAAAGCAAUUAUUCGAAUUACAAACACGACACCGUGGACCUAGAACCAGCUGAUACAACAGCUACACUAGUCAAAUUCACUGAACCAAAUGAACCAAAUACCCCAACCUCUAUAUAUCACUAG